AUGGCUUUAUUUACGGAAUCUACUUAUUUCCUGACACUAUCAGUCACCGCUUGCAUUCUGCUUUGGGGUGUCAGUCUUCUCAAUGGGACUGUUUCUGCGCUCAUUACCGCGUCGUGGAACGGGAACUUCGACGACGGAACACCCUUCAAUACCAAGUACACCGGCAUCUUUCUCAUCGAUUUUCCCAUCUCUUUGCUUGUGGCAUUUUUCUUCUAUGGUACGAAUGGCUCACACCCUGGCUAUCAGCUCUUCUUGAUAGAUGCAUAUGCAACUUUGCAAUCAGCUUUCGUAUGGCUGUAUGCAGAAAGCUUUCGACUUAAUGACAAACCAUUUGCCGUUUCAAACCCGAUUAUAUGGAGUCUCAUGUGGCAGGCUUUUGGCGCUGCCAUCGCUCUUCCUCUCUACUUUCGCCUCCAUCUCAAGUGGAUUGAUGAGACUCGCAAUCGCUUGUCGCCCAUGGACACAGCUUCAGCCAGAGCGCUUCCAGCCAGUUUCAUCCUCGGAGCAUUACUACCCGCUGUCAUCGGCAUGCUGCCAACGUGGUAUCCCAGGGCGGAUGUACUUCACCAGAAUAUUCUAGCCAGUUGGCAACCUGACCCAAUAUGGGUGUCCACAAUCCAGGCACUUUUGGUGUUUGUACUAUCCUCUAAAACUAGAAAUGAUCUGAAAGCUGUCUGGUGGACACAAUUGUCUUACCUGUUGGCCACUGUCUCUUCGGCUUCUGGUCAUAUAUACGCUAUCAGUUCACUAUUGGCAUCCACUGACCCUGCAAUCACCUUUGUUAAAGUCUAUGUCCCAUUUCUCUUCACCGGGCCAGAGGGGGCUACUCAGAAGCUCGCAAGUGGACCGUGGCUCUUUUUGCAAUACGACUUGAUCAUCAUCUCGAUUUCCUGCAUGUCUUGGGCGUAUUUAUUAACUGUACGAGUUCUUCCGGAGAACCAUUGGGUCCACAGACUUCUACCCAUUAUUUUUCUGUCCAGCAGUGUUGUGUUGGGACCCGGAGCAACGGUGUCAUUGGCAUUAUUCUGGAGAGAGGGUCAUUUGCGAUCCGUACGAACCAAAAAGCUCGUUACUGGGAAGGCCCAAAAAUAAGAAUUUAGGAUGAUCUAUAUUUGUACCUUAAAUUACAUGUUCUUGGUUCGAUUGAUAAUUUGUGGAAGACUAUUAAUGCAACU